UGAUGUUUUCAAUGUUCCCUCAUUAUUAUACACAAAUCUUGAAACCUUGAAUUAUUUUCUUUCUUUCUUUUUGCAAUUUCCGUACUCUGCUAUCAUUUUUUUCACAAAAUCUUGAAAACCUACUUAGUUUUUCCAAUUGGGUAUUCAGAUUUGUAAAAAAUCUGAAAUCUUGGUUAAUAUUUAUUAAAUUUGGUUUUUAAAAGAUAGAAUUUUUUUUAGUGUUUUAUAUAAAGUUUGGAAAUUGAUAAGCAAUGUUUUGAGAAUGAAGAAGAGAUGUUGUGUGAAAAAAACAAAUGGAUGUUAGAUCUGAAAACAGUAGUAGUAGUGUACAGGUGGUGAGGUGGGCUAAGUUGCCAGGGCAAGUUAUUCAAAGAACAAGGUUACAAGUGUGGUUUAUAAGGGUCUGUUCAAGUAUUUUAAUUUGGACUUGUUUAGUUCAGCUUUUAACUGUUGGUGAGCUUUGGCACCCGAAAUUUUUUACCGGGUUUUCGAGCCCAGUUAAUGGAUCCACAAGAUUGUCUAGUGAACCCAUAAACAUUAUUCCAAUACCUCCACCUCCAGCAUUGCCAUUGCCACUGCCACCAGCCUAUCCACCUCCAAGGAAUUACAUAAGCAACGGGUUUCUUAAAGUUUCUUGUAACGGUGGUUUGAAUCAAAUGCGAGCUGCGAUAUGUGACAUGGUGACAGUUGCUCGUCUCUUAAAUCUCACUUUGGUUGUUCCUGAGCUUGAUAAGACAUCUUUCUGGGCUGAUCCUAGUGAUUUUGAGGACAUAUUUGAUGUCAACCACUUCAUUAAUUCUCUGAGAGACGAAGUCCGGAUUGUCAAAAGGCUGCCAAAGAGGUUUAGCAGAAAAUAUGGAUUUCAGCCAUUAGAGAUGCCACCUGUUAGCUGGUCUGGUGAAAAAUACUACCUUGAACAGAUUUUACCACUUUUUAGUAAACACAAGGUGAUACACUUCAAUAGAACGGAUACACGACUAGCAAACAAUGGGAUCCCUUCAGAUCUUCAAAAACUCAGAUGUCAUGUCAAUUUUAAGGCCCUAAAGUUCACACCUGCAAUUGAGUCUCUAGGGAAUAAAUUGGUGCACAUGCUCCAAGAGAAGGGACCAUUUAUGGCAUUGCACUUGAGAUAUGAGAUGGACAUGUUGGCAUUUUCAGGUUGCACACAUGGCUGUACCAUUGAUGAAGCUGAGGAACUCAAACGUUUGAGGUAUGCAUUUCCGUGGUGGAGGGAGAAGGAGAUAGUGUCGGAAGAGAAAAGAUCACAAGGUCUUUGUCCUCUUACACCCGAGGAGGCAACCUUAAUUCUUCGAGCACUUGGUUUCGAUCAAGACACACAAAUAUAUAUAGCUUCUGGCGAAAUUUAUGGCAGUGAAAAGAGACUUUCAGCUUUAAGGGCUACAUAUCCUCUUAUCGUGAAGAAAGAAACAUUAUUAGAUCCUGAAGAGUUGAGACAGUUUCAAAAUCAUUCGUCCCAAAUGGCAGCUCUUGAUUUCAUGGUUUCAGUUGCUAGUAACAUAUUUGUUCCAUCUUAUGAUGGUAACAUGGCGAAGCUUGUGGAAGGUCACCGAAGGUACCAUGGCUUUAAAAAGACUAUCCAGCUGAAUAGAAGAAAACUAGUAGAAUUGAUAGAUUUGCACCAUAAUGGUACACUUUCAUGGGAUGAGUUUUCAAAUGCCGUGAAAUCAUCACACAAAAGAAGAAUGGGCCAACCAAAUCAUCGUACAAUUAUUGCAGAAAAACCUAAAGAAGAAGACUACUUUUAUGCCAAUCCUGAAGAAUGUUUCUGUGAGAUGGCAAAUUGUAGUUACCAGUAACUAACUCAAUUCAUCGAGGCUUGAUUCUUGAUGAAACUUAAGCCAAACUUCAUAGUUGCACAUAUACGACAUUAAUUAUGGCUUUAAAAUGGCUGUAAAGGAACCAUCGAAAUGAGAUUGUGGAGAAUGGCAACAAAUAAAAAACACGAGUUGCUUAUACUUCACGAGAGUGCAAUUAGGAAGCACCACGUAAGUCGUCUUUCUAGGCAUAAAGAGAUUUGUUCUUUCUUUUCAUUUUGUUUAUGUGCUUAUAGUUGAUAGUUCCCUAGUACAAAUUCACAUUUGGUUGAAUAUAAAAUUACUCAUUUCUUUCA